CGGGUCAACAAUAUAAGGAUUUAGAGAUCAAUUAGGAAUUGAAGUUAAACCUUUUCAAUUUUCUUAAAGUUCCCUGAUCCUUAUUCAUUCAUCGUAUCCACAACCAUUCUUAACAUUGCCCAUGGCUAAGACGCUGGACCUCUUUUGGCACGAACAUCCUUUAUAUGAAAAAUAUCGUAUGUUCACUUGCCAAGAGUGCCAUAGGAGUGCUAUACCCUUCUUUGAAGUUUUUUAUGGAUGCUUCAGAUGCAAUAUAAAAUGGCAUCCCUAUUGCGUGCCAAGGUCAACGAAGAAUAUUAACCACCCUUGUCACCCGAACCAUCCCCUAGAGGUUCUCCUCCAAGGGCCACCUAGUUACUCUGACGAGAAGUGCAGCCUCUGUCAACGGAAACUCUCCAACUUCGUUUACCAUUGUAAGUUAUGCAAUUUCAGCAUAGAUAUGGAAUGCGGAAACAGGCCCCCGCCCCACAAAGUGGAUCAUCCAAAGUGCCACGAGCAUGCACUCACCCUCAUGGGAAGGGAAGUAUCCUUCACUUGCAAUGCUUGUGGUACGCAUGGUGAACGGAACCCUUAUGUAUGCCUACCAUGCUCUGUCAUGUUUCAUUAUGAUUGUAUUGAUCUACCACACGUCAUCAACAUCAAUCGUCAUGAUCAUCGCAUUUCACAUUCAUAUCCUCUCAAACGUGGGAAUUGGGUAUGUGAAAUCUGUCGUCAAGAUAUCAACACCACGUACGGAGGCUAUUCAUGCAACAAAUGUCCAGAUUUUUUUGUUCAUUCAAAAUGUGCAACUAGAAAAGACGUGUGGGAUGGGACCGAACUCGAAGGGAUACCUGAGGAAGUAGUAGACGUUGCGCCAUUUGAAGUGAUCGAGGAAGGGGUAAUUUAUCAUUUCUCCCACGAGAAACAUAACUUAUUCCUUAUUGAGGAUGUUUUUAUAGAUGGUGCUGAAGACAUGCAUUGUGAAGCUUGCGCCCGUCCAGUCUCUUCUGAGAAGCACUACAAGUGCGUGGAAUGCAAGUUUAUUCUUCACGAAGAGUGUGCGAAUCUUCCUCUUACGAAACGACAUGGACUUUCCACAGGUAUAUUUUAUCUUCGCUUCGGGAAGGAUUUUAGCGAACAAAAUUUCAGUUGUGAUGCUUGCAAUAGAGAUGGAAGGGGUUUUAGCUACAAGGAUGAAGAGGGUGUGGUACUCGAUGUGUUGUGUGCGUCUCUCUCUUUCUUCAAGCACCCCAAACUUCAUCCUCACACGUUAUUUCUAACCACAAUAGAUCGUGGUACUUGCUUAGCUUGCGGUGAGAAUAAACUCAAUGUGCUGCGUUGUGUUGAUUGUGAUUAUUCUUUGGAUUACAAAUGCGCCACUCUACCAUUAGUCAUAAAGCAUAGGUGUGAUACACAUUAUUUAGUUUUGCGCUCUGGGGAGGAGGCGCCUGAAGGUAAAUAUUGGUGUGAAAUCUGUGAAGCCGAAACCAAUCCUGAAAGAUGGUUCUAUACAUGCGAUGAUUGUGGGGUCGUGUGCCAUAUUGAAUGCGUAACCGGGGACUUUUUGAACAUAAAACCUGGAAUAAUAAUGAAGAACAGGGAGAAUAAGUUUGAAGUGGGUUUCAACGAUCACGAUUCUAGACCAAAAUGCACUGAUUGUGGCUCUCGUUGUAGGUUCCCUAGGUUUUUCAAGGUUACUAGAAAAAAUAUUGAGUACUACUAUUGCUCAAAAGCUUGUUUUCAGAAUGCGAAAUUCUGAAUGCCUGAAGGAAGGCGAAAGGAAGGAUUUGGAAACAUAAAAAGAAUAUGGGUUUUUACAGAUGGAGGCUGUGUAAUGUUUUUCAAUUAUUUUCAGAUAAACUUGUUUUCUAUAUUUGGAUUUAUUGUUGGUUUGCUCAUUCAGUUCAUAAAACUAUUUAUGAGAAAGAGAGAAAGAGAGAGAGAGAGACUUUGAAGGUAAUUAUUCUUCACACCUUUUAUUAUAAUUCACCAAAAUUGGGAUGUUUGUUCUAUU